AUGAGACAACUAAGCGACCCAGCUUUAGGUAGCAUUCGUGGGCAAGAGGGUUGUGUUUCCGGCUUUUCGGCUUUCACUCGCUUCUAUGCAGGCCGCGCCAUCAAAUACACAGGGGAGCACUACCGUAAGGACGGUGUCUCUGAGGAGGACUUUAUGCGUUGGUUCACAACCCAGUUCCUGCCUCGCGCGGUUCCCAUCAUCAAGAAGCACAAUAUCCUGAGAUGCGCAUUUCAAGAGGCGGAUCCCAAGCUCGGCGCGGCCUUACAAGCCGAUUUAGAUCAGAUGCGGCCUGCAUGGAAGGUGAACGACUGCGAUAUUAUAUUGGAGUAUUGGUUUGACGACUUGGAGAGCAUGGAGAGCCUUUUAUUUGAUCCGCAAUGGACUCAGACGGCACUCAAGGAUUGGAAUGACUGGCUUGAUGUAUCUAGGUCUACCAUCCGUAUUAGCUAUGAUACGACAUUUUUGGAACACGGGGCUAUCAAGAAUGUAACGGGACUGAAAAGAAGAAGCAGGUGCACAGCCAGAUUCGACUAG